AUGUCACAGGUGUUACGUUUAAAAGGCCACUUUUCAGAUGCCUUAAAGCACAUGGAGAAAAAACCUUUGUUAAAUAAAGGCUCAAGAAAAGAUAUGGGAAACUACUGCCCAAACUAUAUUCUUCAAAUUUUUUCAAAAAUAUUUGGAAAAGUGGUGGUAAUGCAAAUUUUAAAAAAAGUUUCAGAUAAUCAAUAUGGCUUUCAAAAAGGAAAUUGCACAACAGAGACCAUUAUUGAGUUUGUGAAAAUUUCUGCAUUAUACAAGUUUAGAAAAGUUGCAUUAUCAUUCUGCAAUCUCAUAAAAGCAUUUGAUUGUGUAAUCUAUCACUUGCUCCUGUAUAAAAUGGAAAGAUAUGGAAUUGGAGGUUGUGCUUUAGAGUGGUUUAGGACAUAUCUCAGAAACAGAAAACAGGUUGGUUAUAUCAUCAAGCAAGAGAAAUUGCUCCUCUGA